GAAACUUAAAAUAUAAUCUUUUUUUUAAUGAUAAUAUAUAUGCAAAGAGAGUAUUCAUAUACAUUCGAUUUAUCAAUACGGCUGAUACUUUAACAUUUUUUUUAGAAAUAGGAAUGUUUGAGGAUGAUCGGCUUUCGAAAACUGAAGACAAGAAAUCUUUACUUUAUUCUGAGAAUUCUAUAGGUGAUGAUGAAUUAAAACAGAAAGGAAGAAUGUUUGAUGAUAAUCUUCCCUCGAAAACUGAAAACAAGAAUUUUUUAUUUUAUUCUCCAGCUUCUAAAAGUGAUGAUGAAUUAAAACAGAAAGGAGGUAAAUGGUUAUUGUUUGCUCAUAACGAUCUGAGAGAAUUGGAUCAAAGAUGGGUUGUGUUGCAAAAUUUAUGCAAUAAUGGAACUCUAGCUGCAAUUAAAUCAUCCACCGUAGCCUGUUCUGAUCCUUUUUAUGUAACUGUUUGCUACACUACUGAUCCCAACAAUCAAAAAGAGGUCAAAUACACAGCAGAUGAAAUCAGAAAAUUAGUAGACUAUAAAUUGUCAAUGUAUUAUAAGGCUUCUAAAUUAUCUACGGGAUUAAAUGGAGAAUUGGAGAAAAAGGAAAUGCACUUGUAUGAGCACACAGUGAACGGAGAGUUCUACAAAAAAGAAAUGGAUGAUUUAAAGCCUUCAACGAUACUUUGGAAGCCUUUUACUACAUUUAUCGGAGCUUGUGGGAAAAAAGAAGAAGGAAGACUAAGAGAUGGUAAAUUAUUUGAUGAAACACACAGAAUAACAUUCACAGAAAAAACAAUGAAAAAGAGAGGCAGAUGGACAUUGCAUUCUUUCGGUGACUUGGAUCAAAUCGAUCACAGAUGGGAGGUGUUGAAAAGCUUGUGUGAGAGUGGCGUCCUUGCGUCCAUCAUAUCUUCAACAGGUACUUGCAAUCCGAGAAAAGGAGUGACUAAAUGCUUCACUUCUGACUUUGAAAAUACUAAAGAAGUGCUAAGAGCAGCAAAAGAAAUAAGGAAUUUAAUAGAUUAUGAGUAUGUGAUGUACUAUGCAACGGCUGAAAAAACGAGUGGUAUUGAAGUGAUGUAUAAUACUAGAUACAUAUAUACUGUGAAAGGAGGCUUUUAUGGAAAAGAUAAAUACAUGAGAUGGAUUAGUCUGAUGACGUAAUUUUGAAAAUAGUGGAUAUUUUUGAUAUAAAUAAACAAAAUUAAUUAUUCAUAUUCAGUUACAAGAUGCAGCUUUAAUCUGAAUAAAUACAUCUGAAAUGUCCAAUGAUUUAAUUACUUAUUUGUAUGUUUAGACAAUUGGUAUAUUAUUUUCCCCGUAUUAAAAAAUGUCGAAAACCUUUAUGAAUUCUGAUAUUAUGACAGUUUAAUUGAUUUAUAGAAAUAAUACGGUCUCUAAAAUAUGUAUACUUCUUAUAUUAAAAAAAACAUUAAUAGGCAUUGAUUUUGUUAAUAAAUAUUUAUAGCUGCAAAA